ACGUCAGUGUGCGCUCAGGGGGACCGGAAGCGGUGGUUGGCGAUGGCGGCUGCGGUGGGGAUGGGGCAGCAGUGGGUGCUGGUGGAGAUGGUGCAGGCCUUCUAUGAGGCUCCUGCUUACCAUCUUAUUUUGGAAGGAAUUCUAAUACUGUGGAUAAUCAGACUUCUUUUCUCUAAAACCUAUAAACUUCAAGAACGGUCUGACCUCACACCUAAGGAAAAGGAAGAAUUGAUUGAAGAGUGGCAACCAGAACCUCUUGUUCCUCCUGUAUCAAAAGAUCAUCCAGCUCUCAACUACAAUGUUGUUUCAGGCCCCCCAAGUCAUAAAAUCAUAGUGAAUGGCAAGGAAUGUAUAAAUUUUGCAUCAUUUAACUUUCUUGGACUUCUGGAUAAUGAAAGAGUGAAGAAUGCAGCCCAGGCGUCUUUGAGGAAGUACGGAGUUGGCACUUGUGGACCUAGAGGGUUUUACGGCACUUUUGAUGUACACUUGGAAUUGGAAGAUCGACUAGCAAAAUUUAUGAGGACAGAGGAAUCUAUUAUAUACUCAUAUGGAUUUGCCACAAUUGCCAGUGCUAUUCCAGCAUAUUCAAAGCGAGGGGACAUAGUGUUUGUAGAUGAAGCUGCCUGCUUUGCUAUUCAGAAAGGAUUACAGGCAUCGCGAAGUAACAUUAAGUUAUUUAAACAUAAUGAUAUGGCUGACCUUGAGCAACUUCUGAAAGAACAAGAGAUUGAAGAUCAAAAGAAUCCUCGUAAGGCCUGUGUAACUCGAAGGUUUAUUCUGGUGGAAGGGCUAUAUAUGAAUACUGGAGAUAUUUGUCCUCUUCCAGAUUUGAUAAAAUUGAAAUAUAAAUAUAAAGUGAGGAUUUUUUUGGAGGAAAGUCUUUCUUUUGGAGUCCUUGGAGAACAUGGACGAGGUGUUACGGAACACUUUGGAAUAAAUGUUGACGAUAUAGAUCUGAUUAGUGCAAACAUGGAGAAUUCCCUGGCUUCUAUUGGAGGAUUUUGCUGUGGAAGAUCUUUUGUUAUUGACCAUCAGAGAUUGUCAGGUCAGGGUUACUGCUUUUCAGCCUCUCUGCCUCCCCUACUAGCUGCUGCUGCUAUUGAGGCCCUCAAUAUCAUGGAAGAGAAUCCAGACAUUUUUCAGAUUUUACGAGAGAAAUGCAAACGGAUUCACAAAGCUUUACAAAGAAUCUCUGGUCUAAUAGUUGUGGGAGACUUAUUUUCUCCAGCAUUACACCUUCAGUUGGAAGAGACCAGUGGAUCGCGAGAGAAUGAUAUGAAGUUACUCAAGAGAAUUGUAGAUUAUUGUAUGAAUAGAAGUAUUGCAUUAACUCAGGCCCGCUAUCUGGAGAAGGAAGAGAAAUGUCUUCCGCCGCCGAGGUGA